AUGGCUGUCGUUGCCAACGCCUUCGCGCCGUGGGGCAGCUUUGCCGACCCGUCACUGCCCCGGAUCCUGCGCCUGCUUACGUCAAAGGCAAUGCCCGACCGGUUCAAGUUCAUGCUCAAGUACUGGUUCGACAUUCGCGUGGGGCCGAGCACGCUUCCGGCGCCGUCGCCGCUGGUCCACGAACAACCGCUUUGGUCCAACCAGUUUCUCCCGAUCGGGAUCACUCAAGCCCAGCACGUCUACAUCUUGAUGCUCGCCGCCACCCCGAUAGAGACGCUCUCGACAAAAACUCAACGCCUCAUCCACGCGGUGACAGCAAAGUGCCGCGGCCGUGACCUCGGCCCACAUGUGAUACCGAACGACACGUGGCUCGGCUGGCUCGCAACGACGGUAGACGCCUUCACGUGUGGCCCCGUGCCAAGCCCGACUCCCAAGCUGCCAUGGCUCGUUCAACUCCACAAGGCUACCAAGGACGCACUACCCGACGCUAUCUUACCCAAGUACGCCGACUUCGUCUACCAAGUGAUGCUCCGCGCGGUCAAGUUCCGCGCACAUUUGCACUGGCUCGACAGGGCCGACCAAGCGUGCCUCUUCUGCCCCGCGCACGAGACGUACCGCCACUUCCUCGUAUUAGACUGCGACUUCAUCAAGGACGUGUGGAGCACGCUUCACGCCGUCACGGUCCCUUUGGGUGUGACCUUGCCGACUACGCUCUCCGGCUACCUCUACUCGACGCCCAAGACG